AUGUCGAAGGCAACAGCAGAGUACAUCGCUACGAGGGCUACCGACUUGAAAACUAAAUCGACGGCAGCUUUCGAUAUCGCCAUCAAGCCAGGUGGCCAAGAAGGUCGCUCUAUUCAGGGCACAGUGAGCGAUGCGAAGCGGCUGCUCAACAACAUAUCAGAUGUGCUGCAACCACACCUUCCUAGCUCCCGAGCCUUGUCGCUAGCAGAGUGUGCGAGGCAUACAGUAAACAUCAUUCUUAAAAUCCUAGUGAACCUCACAGAGCGCCCUAUUCUCGAUGAUAGGACCUGUAUCGUUGAUUUCGGAAAUGUUCCGAAACUCGAUCUUUGGCAAAAGGGGCUGAUCAGGAGCCACUUCUCAACCCAGAAAGUGAUGUCCCUUGUCUGCGGGAGGGACGCUACCGUUAUGACCGAUCGCGCGUAUUGCCUCAUGGGCAUGCUCGGGACGAGGUCAUUAUUUCUUCGAACGAUGUUUCUGUUUUCAACUGGACCGGAAAACAAGAUGGGACGAUCGCUAUACCCAUCGUCACCAGAAGCCUUCAAAUUUGACAAGAACGCAAAAUGCAAGAAACAGAAGGCCCAAAAACUAGCAGCACUUCUCCAAAUUGAGCGAUACGAGGUCAUGUCAGAUUUUCUAGCUAUCUCUGGCAUGCUUGAGAUCUUGAAAGUUAUCAAAAGGGCGAAGUUUGAACAGUUCAAACCGCACAUUACAAACAUUGUGAAGAUACUCAAGUACAUCGAAACAGCAUUCGACUCUGUGUCGUCAACCGAGCCUCAAGCUACUGCUUCUCCCUGUAUGUCCGAUCCCGUGGUUGAUGAUACGACAUCUGAUCUAAGUAUUCCGUUGUCUCCUUCAUUUAGCUCGCUCUCUUCCCAAUUCAAAGCCCCUUCUCUACCCAAGGACAUGCCAUCUUUCAAGGCUCCAAAGUUCGCCCGCAAGAAGACUGAACCUGAGACACCAACUACUGAGCCCGAGGCCCGCAGCAUCCCGCCAACUCCUACAACACCAUCGCUCAUAGCCUCCGAUGUUCCGAAACUUUCCUUGAACGAACAAGUAUUGAGAUACAUUAGCAGCAUUCAGGCUGCAGAUGAGAACGAGGACGAAGAAGGGAAACCGGCAACAUCCGAGCCAGAGUUACCACCUGAUUUAGAAAAGGUGCUGGCCGGAAUUCCAGCCCGAGAACUCUCAAAGCCUCCUGUUGAGCCCGAGGAGAUCGACAUCAUGAUCUCCCCCAAUCCUAUCAUCAUCAAAAAUUCGGGGAUUGAGGGGUUGUUCGAUAUUCAACGAGUUGUCAUAUCGAUGGCACAGCCCGAAAAGCUUCGUAGGCAGAUCAGGAAUCCCAUCAGACCGCACCAGAAGAUCACCGGCUGGUGUAUCAUCAGCACCGGCUUUGCCCGGGUUAUGGUCAGCUUCUCAAGUCCGAAACAUAUCCUCGAGAAGGAGCUUGAUAUCGUACAGGCUGUUGAGAGCAAGGUCCUUAACGCGAAAAGUCCGGAAGGGGAACCCGAUGGAAACGCGAACGUGACAGGAGAGGGGCCGCCAAAAGGUAGUCACAGUGGAGUACAGGCUACCGGAUCAACCUGGCAGAAAAUGGUUACAGCUAAGUUCAAUGCCCCUGAGCCCACGAAAAAAGACGAUGAAAACGACAUGGAAAACCCAGGUUCCGAGAAAAUGAAAUCUGAGGGCGCCAGGAUGAGCAGGAUAAUCAAGUUCGUCCAGGAAUCAGACCUUACAGAAAUCGCCGGCGAGUGGGUUCUCGCUCGGUUCUCCGGAGUCCCUGGCGCGAAAUGGUUUCUUUGUUAUCUGGAAUUAGGCGGCUCCGGACGCGAUUUCUAUGGACAUCGCAUUGUGACUGAUGAAAUCGAUUUCCACAAUGCCUCCCCUGAGAUGGGUCUUAUAAAAUAUUGGGAGUACUACAUGAUGCAGAAAAAGUACAGGCUCUGUAGUAUUCUGCAAAAGUUGAUGGAAAGCAAGGACUGGGAAAACUUCAAGGCGGAGAUGGGACAGAACAUCGUUAAGAGGGUGGCCGAGGAGACUGGAGUCAGCGGCCAGGAAGAUGACUUCGGCGGCGAUUCCGACGACGAAAGUGGCGAUGGGAAGAUAUCCGAUACACUGAAGGAGCUAGAUGGGAUGGCGCUAAGAAUGACCGGGGCUGGCCUCGCCCAGCAAUUCUACGAGUGGCAGGCAGAACGUCUACAGAAAAAUCUAUCCGCCGAUGUUCUCAAGAAGUUUCCGACACAUGCAAACCGGCCUAAAUGA